UUGUGAAUGCAUCAUAUGCUCCUCUCUCCCCCUGUCGUGAACGCCUCCAUUGGACUAGAGGGACCACUACUAUAAACAUACCAAGAGUCCCAGCGAGAGAAGAAGACCACGUCGUUGUUGUCCACGGCCAAGUUGGAGACGUUUCGUGGCUGUUUUUUUUUCUGCCUUUUCUGCUCCUGAAAAACUCUGAAAAAACAGACAAAAACUUGACGCCGAAGCAGCUUCAGGACCAACUCAGGACUGACUUUGCGACUGCAUUUGCGACUUUUUUUUUUUAAUUCUAAAAGUUGCGCUCAAAUGAUUCAAGAAACUCUCGAGAUUUUUGUUUCCCACACAGGAUUUUAAAGGUAUUUCAAAGACCAUAUGAGGAAUAUCUGUUUGCUUUGAGGUUCAACGCCGUCGAGCAAAGACGUUUCUCUGGAGCAGAAAACGGCAUGUAGCGCAGGAUCAAGGCACCCGUUCUUCCUCCUCCACCUCAUCGUCCUUCUCCUCCUUUCCGGGCAUCUUUGGGAAUGGGCCAGCGCCUUGCCAGGGUGCAUCUCUCCACCCGGUGGUGUGGUUGGCGUCGCGCGAGAGUGAGGAGGGCAACGGCCAGGUCAUAGAGCCUGCCCACCCCUCUCUCCGCUUGCUUUCUCCCAAGUGACUUUUGACCUUUGACUCAGCUGUGACCCCGCCGUGACCUCCGGCCAGCCAUGCCCUUCCGGCUGAAGCUGCGGCGCACGCGGCGCUACAACGUCCUGAGCAAGAACUACUUUGUGACACGGAUUCGCCUGCUGGACAGCAAUGUGAUUGAAUGCACUCUGUCGGUGGAGAGUACGGGACAGGAAUGUCUGGAGGCGGUGGCCCAAAGGCUGGAGCUACGGGAGACCCAUUUCUUCGGACUGUGGUUCCAAGGAAAGACCCAAGCCCCGGCCCAGCGUUGGGUGGAGCUGGAGAAGCCCCUCAAGAAGCAGCUCGACAAGUUUGGCAAUGAGCCGCUGCUCUUCUUCGGGGUCAUGUUCUAUGUGCCCAAUGUUUCCCGGCUGGAGCAAGAGGCCACGAGGUAUCAGUAUUACUUGCAGGUGAAGAAGGAGGUGUUGGAUGGACGUCUCCACUGCACAGUAGAGCAGGGGAUCAGACUAGCGGGCCUAGCAGUACAAGCUGACUUUGGAGACUUCACCCAGUUCAUGUCUCAGGACUUCCUCAGGGAGUAUGUGCUCUUCCCAGUGAACUGGCCUAAUGGAGACGAGGUGCUGGAGGAGUGGACGCAGAAAGUCGCAGAGGAGCACAAGAGUCAUUGUCGAAUGCAGGCCGCUGAAGCAGAGCUGCUUUACAUCAAGGAGGUAGAGAAACUGGAUGGUUUUGGCCAGGAGAGCUUUGCUGCUAAGGACAACUACACCAACGACAUUUUCAUUGGUGUGUCCUUCAUUGGGGUGUUUGUCAAACACAGAAAUGGCAGAUCCAUCAUGCUCCACAAGUGGAAGGACAUUGGUACCAUAGCACACAACAAGUCAGCCAUCACAGUGGAGAUAACAAGCAGAGACGACACCAUCAUUUUUCACAUGGAGGAUAUGGAAAUGGCCAAGUACAUCGCUCGUCUUUUCACGGCCAGACACAAAUUCUACAAACAGAACAAGAUCUGUGCAGAGCCCACUCACUCACCUGCACCAAUCAGGAGGAGACCCACCUGGACCCACCGCCUCUCUCUGACGCGUCCCCAGUCCUGUAACUUCCAGUCAAUGCAUUCCCAGUAUGGAGAGCAUUAUCAGGACACACAGAGCUCUCAAGACAGCAUCUUCCAUGACGACCCUUAUUACAAGUCAGAAACCAGUCUGGACCGCUGCCCGGUGGACUUUCCUUUCCGAAACGGUACCGUGCCCAAUGGAAGCAUGUACAGCAGCCCCAGCCUGAGCUCCCUCAAUCAUUCCCAGACUUUCGUCCCGCCCUCUCCCAUAUCCUCCAACCUCAGCAUCCCCGGCAGCGAACUCAUGCGCCCUGACUAUAUCCCCAGCCACCGCCACAGCGCCAUCAUUGCUCCGUCCUACCGGCCCACGCCUGAGUACGAUGCUGUCAUGCGGCAGAAGCGCCACAUGCUCCCUGCUCACCAUGAUCUCCACAGCCAAUCACUGCGCAGUCUGAACAUCAGUAAUGCCUGUGCUUACCGCCAGCCUGAGGCUCUGGUGUACAGUCAGCCAGAAAUGAGGGAGAGGGGCCCUUAUCAUGGCCUGGGGCCCAGCCCUGGACCUUACACGCCACAGAUCAGCUACAGUAAGCCAGUGUCCCAUGGCCCUCAUCAGGGAGGACCAGCCAGCAGCCAGGGCCCCUGUCAUUCACCCUGUGUUAAUGGUGGCGGAGGCAGCGGCGGGGGUGGAGGUGUAGGAAGCUCCAUCUCUCACACUGUCAGCACACCUGAGUUGGCAAAUACCAAACAACAGGGGACCAAUGCGGGAAGCUAUGCAGCUACUGCCAACAUGCUGAGAAACCACAUGUCGCGCCCCCCUCCACCUUACCCUUCCAGCUCCUUCCGCCCGGCCACCAGUACACCGGACCUGGCCAGCCACCGUCACCGCUGCAUCGGGGGUAGCAGUCCGGAGCUGGUUACCCGCAUGGUGCAGCUGUCGGUCAAGACCUUCCAGCCGGACAGCUCAGCCGUGGUGCAUCAGUCCCUGCAGGAGGUUAGUGAACCAUUAACUGCAGCUGCUAAGCACCGCUCCACUCUUGGCAAGAGACACAGCAUGGAGGUGAUCAGCAGCAUGAGAGGCGGAGGGGGAGGGAUGGAGGGCAUGGUGAUGAAGGGCAUGAAUGCUCCACUUCAUCGGAGGAAUACUCUCAGAGAACAUGUGAUGCCGCCUCAGCCUCAAUCCAUUCCUCAGCCCCAGCCCCAAACCCCUCAGUCACAACCCCAGGCGCAGCCCCAGCCUCCACCUCAGCAGGCGAAGGAGUUGCCCAUGCAGAUGCCUGCCCAGAAAGCACCCGAGGCCUCUGUAGCGCCACCGGCAGCAGUGGCCUACCAGCAUCAAAAGACUCUCUCUAAUGCCACCAUGCUCAUUCACAGUAGUGAGAGUGAAGAAGAGGAGGAGGAGGAGGAGGAAGAGGAGAGGCCUGAGCUGGACGUUCAAAUCCCAGGUCUCAACGAGGACAUCAGCAUCAGCGCUCAGCUCCAGGCUGCUCUCGCAAAGCUGCCCAACAAACCCCCUCCAGAGUACCCUGGUCCUCCUAGACCUCCUAGCAAUGCUCAGAUCCGCAACCACACCCACAAUCACAACCACACUCACCACCACAACCACAAUCAAGGACCACAGAGCAACCAGGGACAAAUGGACCCAAACCAAGCCCAGGGCCGGUCCCUCAAAACUGGGCAGAACCAGGGUGGUGGCGGGCCUGGAGGAGGUUGUGGUGCGGGUGCUGGUGGGACACUGACCCGAGGGGACCAGGGUGGGGUGAAUGGAAUAGUUUUAGGUCCAUCCAUCUCAGAACCAGACCUGACCAGUGUGAAGGAGAGGGUGAGGAAGGAGCCAGUCAAAGAGAGGCCAGUGUCAGAGAUGUUCUCCUUGGAAGACAGCAUAGUGGAGAGGGAGAUCGCUCAAAGGACGCUGGAAAGACAGAAGAUGUCCGUGGACUCCAUGAAGAGGCCGCUGAUGAUGGCCGCCCUCAACGGCCUGUAUGUGGCCCGGAUGCCUGUCCCCAAGGGUCCCUCGGAGGAAGGCGCCAAGGCUGCUACCGACGAACGGUGUAAGACCUUGGAGUUGAAGCUGGAAGAGGAGCGGGUCUUCACUGAGUAUGAGCAGGUGCCCAAGAAGAGGGCGAACUGUGUCCUCACCACGGCAACUCUGCCCGAAAACACAGAGCGCAACCGUUUCCGUGACGUCGUUCCUUAUGAAGAGAAUCGUGUCGAGCUUGUGCCCAACAAGGAGAACAACACAGGCUACAUUAAUGCCUCGCAUAUCAAGGUGAUGAUCAGAGGGGAGGAGUGGCACUACAUCGCCACCCAGGGCCCUCUAGCCAACACCUGUGCCGACUUCUGGCAGAUGGUCUGGGAGCAGGGGGUCAACGUCAUCGCCAUGGUUACUGCAGAGGAGGAGGGUGGCCGGUCCAAGAGUCACCGCUACUGGCCUAAACUGGGCUCCAAACACAACUCGGCCACUCACGGCAAGUUCAAGGUGACCACCAAAUUCCGCACCGACUCGGGCUGCUAUGCUACCACGGGGUUAAAGGUCAAACACCUGCUGUCUGGCCAGGAGAGGACGGUCUGGCACCUGCAGUACACUGACUGGCCUGAGCAGGGCUGUCCUGAAUAUGUCAUGGGAUUCCUCUCCUACCUAGAGGAGAUCCAGUCUGUAAGGAGACACACUAACUCCAUGCUGGACACCUCAAAGAGCCUCAAUCCUCCUGUGGUGGUGCACUGUAGCGCUGGUGUGGGUCGAACCGGCGUGGUCAUCCUCACUGAGCUCAUGAUCAGCUGCCUGGAGCACAAUGAGCCAAUGGAGGUUCCCACCAUGUUGUCAGAGCUGAGGCAGCAGAGGAUGCUGAUGGUGCAGACCAUCUCCCAGUACAAGUUUGUCUACCAGGUCCUCAUCCAGUUCCUCAAGAAUUCCCGCCUCAUCUGAGCGCAGGCUUUGCAUGACGUGGCAGAAUGGCAGCAGAAGAUGACAAUGGUACUUAAUGCAAGCAUGAGGACUGAUACAGCAGAUAUAAACUGAUAGCAGAUGCAGUUAGAAGCAGCUCCGCUUUGAUGUUGAGUUUGCUACGUGGCAGUUUAUGGUUAUGGAAAUGUGUCGAGUUGCGUACAAACUCACCUCGUGGGAGGAAAGGAUUCGUGUUGGCUUGUACUGAAUCUGAUGACCAUUUCUCCUAGUCAGUGUGUUCACAUUUCAUUCUUUUAUCCCCUGGGAUUUAAUCUUGGACCUGACCUUUCCGUGUGGAGAAGGCAUGUUUGUGCGUUUUCACCGCGCAGGUCAGGUGAAUAAGCAGCUUAUCUUUCCUGCAGGCGUGAAUGUGUAUGUCUGUCUCAGUGCCCUGUGUGCUGUCCUGAGAUUUCUUAGGAAAUAUCUUGAGAAAUCAAGUCUUACAGUUACAGUUUGGAUAGAUUGCCUGUCUGCUACUUUUCUCAUUCAUUAUUUAGCCAUUAUUAGAAAUGGCAUUAUGCUGCAUGAACAGUAGGUGGCAGCAGUAUUAUUACUAAACUCUAUACUCUCAAAGAGUUUGCCAAACAAAAAUACUCUUAAAAUCACUGUUCUAAAAUGUUCCUAUAUUUUUAACAGAAUAUUGAUUAACACAGCAGAUAUUUACUUCAACUUGUAACAAAUGUUUUAAUUUAUUUCUUUCAAGAUUGUGGUCACAUUUGCCAUAGAACAGAGCAUUGACAAGCAUGUUGAUCUUUUUGAACUUGUCUUAAUUUUGAUAAUAUUUUCCAGAAAGCCUUCCUUGUGAAUGCCACAAGAGUUCCUUCUGAACGUUCCUCCUUUUAAACAUUUCAAUUAAGAUCCCACUUUCACAUGUAAAACACAUACAAGCACACACAAAGUACAUUUCAACAAUCAUUAGUUUCCACGAAUCGCAGCGCCUUACGAUCAAAUGCGUCUUGUUACAUUUUUUUUUUUUUUUACCUAAAUGCAUUUCAAAAUGCUGUCCGAUGAAUUGGAGGUAAUGUACACAUAUAAUUUCACUGUUCGUAUAUGCAGUUAAUAGAGAACUGUGCCCUAAGAUACAGCAUGCACUGUAUCAUGAUGCCUUAUUGAAACAUGAAACGAGAAGCUGCCUGGCUGAUCCUUGUUCUGGAUCGGGUUUGAUAAACUAAAUUCCUUUUUUUUUUUUACCUCCAAAGAUUAAAUCUUUAAAUCAGUAUUUUACAGUUUAUGUUUUGAUGUGAGCACAACUUUAACAUUUCAAAUCAUUUACCUAACUCUCAGGUAAAGAUUUGGCAGUAGGAGAAUGCUGAUGUCUUGGUUUAUUGUUGAAGGACAACAGUUUAGUGACUGUCUUUGCCAAAAAAGAAAAAGGCAGCUGUUUCUACUAAUCUGAUCCAAACCCAGUAGAUUACUGUGUUGCCAAGAAUCUGAAUCCUGUGUAUAAAAUCACCUUCUGAAGAAUUUUCUUUUACAUGUUACAUUAAAUAUACUUUUUUUUUUUUCCUCUGAAUUGUAAUGCAAAGCCCGCUGUGUCCAAAAUAACUUUGUACAUAAUGGGCUUGUGAGAAAAAAGAUUUCUACAAAUGUUUUAUAUAGUUUUUUUUUUUUUUGGACUUGGUACCCUAAAAAUACCGCAACAUAAUAAACUAUGCAUGCAUUUUUAUAUUUCAAUGUAUAUAUUCUCAGAUAAGUAUAAGCUUUAUGCUUUCUUGACAUGUAAGUGUUUUGUUGCACUUCAGUUCUUUUUGUGACAGUAUUUUCUCACACGGCAUUCCACUGUUUGUUAAUAUUUAAUUUUUCCCUUUAAUUUUCCUUUUUUUUUUUGGCAAAACUCCCAAAUACGUUUCAAAGUAUGUGUACAUAUGUUUUGUAUAUGCGUUUUCAGUGCAUCAAGUCUUUUGUUUUUCUCUCCCCAGACAUGUAUGAAGCUGUCGUACUUGCUUAUUAUGCAAUAAAGCCUUAUUUUCUUUAA